UUAGCUGUAUCCGGUUGCGGUGUUCGUGACGGUUAAAGAGCAAACAUUUAAGCGAAAACUUAAAAGCGAAAAUGAUGUACUGCUAUAUGAUCUACAUAACUUUAGGGUUAUUUGGCUCUACUGUGUUUCAAGAGACUCUAAUGUCAGAAUUCUUUGGAGAGAUAACUCCAUCUAGAAGCAAAAUUGUUUUGAAUGGAACAUUGGAAUUAAACUGCACCAUAAAUGCUGGAAUGAAUAUAUCAUCAUUGUAUUGGGAAACACCUGAAGGAAAAGCUCCACGCAAAAAUACGUUCAUUAUAGGCAACAAUAUACUUCAGUUGAGAAAAAAGGUCACUAACGUAUCGGAAGAGGGCACUUACCUUUGUAGAAGUACUAGUGAAAAGCAGAUGUCAAGGAGUCCACGCACGAACGUUUUUAUAGAAUGUCGUUCGAUUACGGUGGCCAUUUCCUAG